AUGGGUGACCUAGCUAGUGAUCACCUGCUGUCUCUGACCAGGGCCAAAGUAUACCGCGCUCUCCUGGCCAAUAUCGCUCUAUUGGGACUCCCCGUGAUGGGUCUCUGCGAGGCUAAUAUUCUGUCGCCCUUUAAUCUAGCUGCGUCCACUCAACGCUCUUUUCAUCAUCAUCCGUGGCUAUAUAUCUUCCCAUAUCCUCAAGUUCGCGAUAAUCUCAUUCGUGCGCAGGGCCACUAUGGCAAAGAUCAAUUGCGUCUAGAUAUCCUAGGCUUCUGGGAUCCAGGUGCACCAGAAAACACGCUUUGGGACGUGACAGAGAGCUUCAUCAAGAAACGGGGGUGGGUGAUAUGUGGGCGUCCAGAAAUCCUACAUUCCACCAACCAGUGGAGGGCCCGGAGAGGCGAAAAUUUGAUCUUCCGGUACCUAUAG